UAAAACCCAUAACAUCCCUUAUAGGAGAUCACAAUGACAGCGGAGGAGAUGAAGACUGAGCAGGCACCCCAGGACAUCUCCAUGGAGGGGAUAGACAUCAGCCCAAAGAGAGAUCAGGGUGUGCUGAAGCAAAUCAAGGAGGAAGGCGGCGGGACGGAGAAUCCUAUGAUUGGGGAUAAAGUCAGCGUCCACUACACCGGCUGGCUGCCUGAUGGGACCAAGUUUGACUCCAGCAGGGACAGAAAGGACAAGUUCACCUUUGACCUGGGGAAAGGUCAGGUGAUUCAAGCGUGGGACAUCGCUGUGGCCACCAUGAAAGUUGGAGAGAUCUGUCAGGUUACAUGUAAACCCGAAUACGCUUAUGGAGCAUCAGGGAGUCCGCCCAAGAUUCCACCAAAUGCUACGCUCAUCUUUGAGAUUGAGCUAUUUGACUUCCAAGGUGAAGAUCUGUCAUCAGAAGAAGAUGGCGGCAUUAUUCGCAGAAUCCGAGUGAAGGGCGAGGGAUAUUCCAAACCCAACGAGGGUGCCGUGGUGGAGUUGAAGCUGCAAGGAUUCCACGACGGGCGCGUGUUUGACGAACGGGAGUUGCAGUUUGAAGUUGGGGAGGGAGAGAGUCUUGGGAUCCCCCCAGGAGUGGAGACUGCACUGCAACAGAUGGAGAAAGGAGAGGAAGCUGUGCUCUACCUGAAGCCUAAAUAUGGUUUUGGCUGCACGGCCUAUGAGCCAUUCCAGAUCCCACCCGAUGCUGAACUGAAAUACGAAGUCAAACUGAAGAGCUUUGAGAAGGCCAAAGAAUCAUGGGAGAUGAACACUGAUGAAAAGUUGGAGCAGGGGGUUCUGGUCAAGGAAAGAGGAACACAAUAUUUCAAGGCAGGGAAGUUCCGCCAAGCUGUCAUCCAGUACAAAAAGAUCAUCCAGUGGCUUGAACACGAGAGCGGACUGUCGGAACAAGAGAACGCUAAAUCCCUCCUUUUGGCGGCAUUCUUGAACCUGGCCGCCUGUUGCCUGAAGCUUUCAGAGUACAGACAGGCGCUGGAACAUUGUAACAAGGCACUAGAAUUUGAACCCAACAAUGAGAAAGGAUUGUUCCGCCGAGGCGAAUCCUACAUUGGGGUGAAUGAACACGAGCUGGCAAAGCAUGACUUCGCCAAGGUGAUCCAGCUUUACCCCAAUAACAAGGCGGCACGGGCGCAGAUCGCUCAGUGCCAACAGCGCAUUCGCGAGCAACACCAGCGGGAAAAGAAGAUCUAUGCCAACAUGUUCAAAAGGCUGGCAGAGAAAGAGGAGCAGGGGUCUUCUAAAGCUUCCAAAGAAGAGUCUCCGGCCACCUCCGACGUAGAGAUGACCGAUGCAACAUCCCCAGGGGAGCCUCAGCACAACCGAGCCACAGACACUGAAAUCAGUGAGGCGUAGGAUCCGCCGAUCAGGUCCAUUUUUUUUUAUAAGAAGCGGUCCUUCUCCUCACCCGUAGGAUGGGGGGGUCAUGAAGAUAUGUGCUGAGAGGAGGAUGAGGAUGCGGCUAUCUGUACAAACGUUUACUCUCUAGGAUGCUCAUACCCGCAAUACGAUCUCUCUUCAUUCCAACCUGUUCACUCAUUCUAUCUGAGGAGUUUACGUCCCAUGUGGCCUAUUACAAGAGGAGAGCACAAGUGAGAUCCUGAUAUCUGAUUGGCCAAGGAUGGACACUGUUUACCUGCACUCUACCGUUCACACUAAUGGCUUUGAGGAAUCACCUUGUCCAUUCAUCGUUCCCUGGGGGUCCCGCUUGGUUCGG